GUUCUUGCACUUCUGUCAAUCAUAGUUUUCAAUGCUCCUAAACCUCAGAAGAACCACCACAUUCUCACUCACUAGGUUUUCCAUUCUCUCUCAUCUCAACCUCCUCUCUACCCUCCCUCUCCCUUCUUCACCCACUCCAAACACAAAUUCCACAAAACCCCUCACCAAAUCAGAACUCAAAACCCUAGUCCUCUCUCACUAUUCCAACGGAAAAUUCCAUAACCUCCUCCAAAACGUCGUCGCUUCACCCUCCGUCCUCCUCACCGCCUGCCACAACCUCAAACCCCGCAAAAACGAUGUACCCAACUCGCCCGAGAUACUUACUUUUGACUCAGUCUCAGCCCAAUUCUUCUCACUCGAAGAACUCGCUAGCCAGCUCUCUGAAAAUCAGUUCAGUAUUGAAUCAUGUUGUGCUGCCAUUUCGCUGUCGACCCACAAAGGUAAAUCACUUGUACUUCCCAAUUUGAAGCUAAAAGUAGUCAUCGAAGCUAUUAUAAUAGUACUAGAACGUGUCUAUGAUGAUAGGUUUGUGACAUUUUGUUAUGGUGGCCGUGUUAAUAUGGGCCGGCACACCGCGAUUCGGUACCUAAAGAACUCAGUAGAGAACCCCAAUUGGUGGUUUAAUGUUUCAUUCAGUCGGGAAAAGUUUGAUACUAACCAUGUUGAUAGAUUGUGCUUGGUUAUUGAAGAUAAAAUUAAAGAUAAGGUAUUGAUUGAUAUGAUUAAGAGGUUGUUUCAAUUUGAGGUGGUGAAAAUUGAAUUGGGUGGUUGUUAUUUAGGAAGGGGGUUUCCUCAAGAAUGUGGGUUGAGUUCCAUUUUGAUUAAUAUUUACUUUAGCAGUUUUGAUCAAGAAAUUCAAGAAGUGAGGCUUAGCACGAAUCGGGAGAAUCCAAAAUUUGAGAAGGAUGACUUUGGUUCGGGGUCUAGUAGUGUUUUCCAUAAGCCAUUGAAGAUUUACGCGGUUAGGUAUUUGGAUGAGAUACUUUUGAUCACGUCGGGGACAAAAAUGUUAACUAUGGAUUUGAAGAAUCGGGUUGUGGAGUGUUUGGAGAAGAAUUUGGAAUUAAGGGUCGAUAGGUUGAAAACAGUCAUUCAUAGUGCGGUUUCCGAGAAGAUUGAUUUUUUGGGAAUGGAACUUCAGGCGGUUACGCCUUCUGUUUUGCAUCCGUGCAUGUCUGAAAAGGCAAUUAGGGCUCGGAAAAAGUACCUGAGACAGAAAGAAGUUAGAGCUCAAGAAUUGAGAAAUGCUAGAGAGACUAAUAGGAAGAAACUAGGGAUGAAAAUAUUUAGUCAUGUUCUUAAGAAGUUGAAGCGGAGUAAUGGGUUCAAAUUUGAGUUCCAAAUUGAGAAGGAAGUUAGAGAAAUUUUUCGAACUUGGGCUGAUGAAGUAGUGCAAGAAUUUAUUGGAUCUAUUGAAGCUCGUCAAGAAUGGCACCGGAAGCUCUCUGCGGGUGAUUUUCUCUCUUUGAAAAGGAUUAGAGAUCAGCUGCCUCAAGAGCUUGUUGAUGCUUAUGAUAACUUUCAAGAGCAAGUUGACAAGUAUUUGAAGCCAGUGAAAGCUAGAAAGGUAUUGGAGGAGGAAGAGAGGAGAGCAGAAGAAGAAGAGGAACGAAAAUAUGCUGAAAGAACAGUUGAAGAUUUGACAAAGCUACGUAUAAAAGUUGAUGCACCCAUAGAACUUGUUAGGAAGGCAGUUAAGAUGGCUGGAUUCACCAAUCAUAUGGGUCGUCCUAGGCCAAUCAAUUUGCUCAUGACUGUUGAAGAUACUGAUAUCAUCAAGUGGUAUGCUGGUGUAGGAAGAAGAUGGCUUGAUUUCUUUUGCUGCUGUCACAACUUCAAAAUGGUAAAAACUGUUGUGACUUACCACCUAAGGUUCUCUUGUAUCUUAACUUUAGCAGAAAAGCAUGAAUCAACCAAGCGUGAGGCUAUCAAACAUUACACAAAGGAUCUGAAAGCCUCUGAUUUGAAUGGAGCUGACGAAUUUCACUUUCCAACUGAAAGGGAGAUUAAGAUGAUGGGGGAUAAUAAUCUUUCGGAUCCAAAACCUGUGGAUGGGGCUUUGACAAUGGCUUUGAUUAGAUUGGCUUCUGACGAGCCUGCGUACCGCUGUGUGGCCCAUUUCUGUGAGAGAACAGAUACUAUUGUUUAUAGGAUUCGAUUACUGCAAAAUCAUCUAAACCUUAACCCAUUUGAUGAAAAGAAGUGGGUUCCAGGGAUGGGCGCAAUUCAUGAGAGUUUGAAUCUGAAGUGUGUCCCCCUAUGUUCUGAUCAUAUAGGUGAGUUAUACAUGGGUAAACUUACACUCCAACACAUUGAUUGCUCUUCAUUUGUGGAUAUAGAUUGAAGAUGUUGGUUCUCUCGUGCUACAUGAUGCAAUUGAUUAGAUUCUAUUGGCUGCUUAUGAUCUGAAACUGUGCUCAACAAGAUAAUUGUAUUGCUGAAUUGAAACUGGGUUAUUGAUUAGCUGGAACAAAUUUAUUCAUCAGCUUGCACUUUAUUGUGAAGCAAUUUGGGCAUGUCCAGGCUGGUUUCUCAAAGUUCUAUUGUGGCACAAAGGUGGUACUUUGAUGUUAGAGAGAGUGUGACUUAAGUAUUUAUACUUCAAUACACCUCCUCAUGUGCAAGCUACAUUUUGUGCCUAGCAUUUGGAAACUCUUUUAGUGAUUAGGGAGGCAGUUAGAUUCGAACAAAGGACCUCCUAGUCUAAUACCAUGUUAAACAACCUUCUACUCCAAAAGCUUAAUCCGAAAGCUUAAGCUCUUAGAGAGGGUGUAACUUAAGUAUUUAUACUUCAAUAAGUUAUAACCGAAUGAAAGGUAGUGGAUUGUGUUUAAACCCUGUAAAUGUUUUGUUUUGAUGCAAGUAGGAUUCGGCAGACACCAUUUUCGGCAUCACUGUGCCGGUGUUGUAUACAUCUGAUUAACUUGUUGGAAGAUGUGUAUUCUGGAGUCAUGUUUUCCUUUACAUUUCGAGGUAUAUUAUUGUCGCAUAGGAAGCCUAGUCUAUUUCAAGGCUCCCUACUUGCUUAUGCACGACUGUUACUAGGGUGUGUACAAGAGAAAAUGAUCGAAUGACAAAAUUAGGUCUCUAUUAUUUAAUUGAUUGAAAUACUGAAAUGAAGCUGAGAUGCAGUAAUUGGAUCUAUUCUUAUUUCUGGUAAAGUUAUUCUUCUUACUUGUUAAUAUCCUUUGAUAGUUCCUAUCUGCGCUUUGCAUGUUUUUAUUUCAGUUGAACACUAAAAGCUCCA